AUGCCCCGUCGCCCGCAGACCUAUGAUGACUAUGGUGUUGCUGUACAGCAGAUCAUUCUGACUUCCACAGACUCGGACUUCCUGGACCAGCUUAUCCCCGUGCUCAAAGACGCCUCCAAUUCGAAUCGAACGCUAUCACUCACCCAGAACCUCGCAAGAUAUGCCGAGGAUAGAGAGUCUGAUAUUGAGCGGAUCGGCUUGACGAAGCAUGAGGAAUUUCUGGGUUCCGUCAACCAGCUACAAACUGUCCGCGAAGGUACCGUCGCUUUGACGGCCGAGAUCCUUAGGCUAAAUCAGUCCAUCCAAGCAAGCACCGAAAAGCUCGCGAACCAAAAGCAAGCCCUCGUCGACACGCGCGCUGUGCGCCAGAACAUCGCCGAUGCCUCCGAAGCCCUCAAAGAAUCUCUGAAGAUUCUGCACGCUGUCAACCAUGCCCACGAUCUGAUCCGCAAGAAGAAGUACUACGCCGCACUCAAGUCCCUCGAUGACCUGCAAAACGAGCACCUCAUACCGACCAUUCAGAAUAAGUACGCAACUCAGCAUAGGCUUGCCGACGUAAUCCAGAAGUCUAUUCCGGCAUCGCAGAAGAUCAUCUCGGAAGCUGUGAUGGCGGAUCUGAAUACCUGGCUCUUUCGAAUCCGCGAAACUUCGCAGUUCCUCGGCGAGGUUGCGUUCUACCAUACCGAACUGAGGAGAGCGAGACAAAGAGAACGUGUGGAGCAAGACGGAUACCUUACCAAAUUCAAGCUCAACUCCUCCAUUGAGCUCGUCUUUGAUGAAAGUGAAGAGUUUGACGUGUUGGACAAUGAGGAGCUGCAGGUCGACUUCACGCCUCUAUUCGAGUGCCUCCACAUCCACGACGCCCUCGGACAGAACGAGAAAUUCCGAGCAGAAUACGCUACUACCCGCAGGCAACAGAAGGAUCUUCUGUUGCCUAGUACCGUUGGACUAGUGGCAGACGAUGAAACCUCACUCAGCAGUUUGCUCGAGGGCAUCGCAGGCUUCGCCAUUAUUGAAAAGGCCACAAUGCGCCGGGCUCCUCAUCUGCGGUCCGCCAUCGACGUGGACGAGCUAUGGGACUCGAUGUGUCACACCGCCAUCACUCUGACUUCGCAAGCCCUGAACGAAGUGAGCAAUGCCGAGAUCCUCCUCAAAAUCAAGGGCGUCAUAGCUUUAUUCAUCCAAACCAUGGAGGGAUGGGGCUAUUCUGUAUCUAUGCUCGACAACUUCCUCCUCAAACUUUUCGACAAGUAUGCAGAGCUUUUGAAGCGCCGUUUCAGCGAAGACUUCCAAGAGAUCGUCUCAACAGACGACUACAUGCCCAUGGCAAUCAAUACGCGCGAGGAGUACGAGAAGGUGGUGAAUGUCAGCUGGUUCUCCCAAGAAAAGACCCUGGAAGAGCUCAGCUUCCCAUGCGUCCUGCCCUUUUCCCAAAUGUACCCCUUGUGCUGCAUCGAUAUCCGGAACUUCUUGAACCAGUUCUACUUCUUUUCCGACGAUCAUUUCCAGCAUCCCAAUGUUAUUGACGAGACACUCCGCAAGUCACUUGACGAGUUAUUGACAGAGAAAGUGUGCAAGUCCCUCGUUGAAAGACUUAGCUCGCAAUAUCUGGGUCAAAUCGUGCAAAUAUUGAUCAACUUGGAGCACUUUGAGGCAGCAUGCCAGGAACUGGAGCAGCUGCUCAUCAGAGCAAGGUCAUCGACAUCGGCUGGUGGCCCCGUUACACUGGUGGCCACAGAAGAAUUCCGGAACAAUAAGAAGACUGCCGAGAAGCGCAUAUUCGAGCUCGUCAAUUCCAAGAUCGAUGACCUGGUGGAUACUGCGGAGUACGACUGGAUGGCAACAACUACAUCCCCCGACCCAAGCAGUUACAUGCAGACCAUGACACGAUACCUUUCCAAUAUUAUGAACUCGACGCUUUUAGGCUUGCCACGGGAGAUCAAGGAACUUAUCUAUUUUGAUGCUCUCAGUCAUGCUGCCAACAAGAUUCUUGCACUGCCGCUGUCUCCCGAUGUCAAGCAUAUCAACACCAAUGCAGUAGCUGCACUCGCAAAAGAUGUCCAGUAUCUAACAGAGUUUGUCGAAAGUCUGGAGAAUGGAGCGAUGCUUCGAGAGAAUCUAGACGAGCUCCAACAAACCGUGAACUUGAUGCAGUCCGACAACCAUGACGAGUUCUUUGACAUUUCCAUCCGGAACAAGAAAUUUGGACGUGUCGACGCCAUGAAUGGGCCAAUUCUUCUAGAGAAACUUACGUCGAACGCUCAGGGCCCUACUCGGAGUGCCCCUCUUGCCAACUUCUCAUCACGAUUUGGCAUCAUGAAAUGA